AUGCUUCUAUUUACCUCUGCGACCACUGGCCUCCUCAUAGAAGUGGACGAAGUGAAGACACACGAUUCCCCUGUUCGAUUGGCACGUGGCAAAAAGUCAAGGAAGAAGAAGAAGAUGGGCAAAAAGCGAGCGAGGACCGUAGACUUCUGUCAUCCAGUGGCACGACCCGCCGCGGUCGAUUUCGCCUCGCACUCUGCCCCCACAGAGGUUCCCAAGGUGGCCAUCCUGGCGAGUACGGUGUUGAUUGGUGUCACGUUGGGCAUCGCGUUGCUCGCCGAGGAGUUUCACGUCAUGGACGAAGUGGUCAUCGAGCCGAGCGAGCUGGCUGACAUCACUCCAAAGCCGCCACCGCAGCCGCCCCGUUUGGCUCCGGAACCCAAUGUUAUGCUUGACGCAGCCAGCCUGACCAAUUCCUCCCGAAAGUUCCACGGAGAGCAAAGUGACGACAACCUUUGGCAUCCUCGGCGUCAUUAUGUCACCUUCAAGCGGCCGCCUCAUUUCCAGUAUCACCACCUCACUAGGACUAAUAGAGAGACUCGGUCACCGUUCCUGUGCCAGCGGCGGUCUUGCAAGCAGCUAGGCCUAGCUGUGGCCGCUCUGAUUGACAGCGCAGGGCCGAAGCCGUGUGACGACUUCGCUGCGUUCGCCUGCGGUCGCUGGAAUGUCACCGACGAGCACCUUUUGGAGAUGUUCGAGAGCCAUGCCGCUUCGGCAGUGCUGCGCGAGCGGGAAUCCCUGGGGGCAAGCAUUCUCAGGUCGUGUCUCGACCCGAGCUUGGAUAUAUUCCGCUCUUUGGCUUCAGUCUACCUCAAGCUCACGGACACUUUGGGCUGGCCUUACCCGGAUCCCCCAUGGGAGAGCCCGAAUCAGCUGUCUUCAUCGUUGGGCGCCAUCUACCGGGAGCUCAGGACAGAGAACAUUUUCCGCGUGCGCACUCUUGGUGCGGACGUGCUGUCCGUGGACUGGUCCCGCUUGCCGACCAUGCUGCCCAGAAGCCACUACGAAGAGCUGGAAAGGUGCUUCGCAGAGAUGACCGUCUACCUCAGAGGACACGUUCAGGGAGGGGGCUCUGUUUCACACGUUGGCCUCUGGUUGGCCUCUGAAUACUCGCCGAAGUGCAGCGACCUGAGCGAGGCUCAAAGGACAGGCUUCAUUCGCUGGAGGGAGCUGCUUCAGUCCGCCCUCUUGGACAGAGACAUGUCCAAGAUGUCUGUCUGCUACCCGGCACCCCGCAGCAACGUUCCUCCCGCGGGGGCCGUCAUGAACUACGUGGUCUUCCAGAUGCUCAUGGCACUAACCCCAUUCCUUGGCCACACACGGAGACGCUACAACUGGAGCAGCAUCGCUUACGGUCGCACAAUCGGCCACUACCAGAAGGUGGCGCCCGAGGCUUCUUGCGUGAGGAUGAUGGACCGCUUUCAGCCUCGCCUUUUAACCUGGUCACUGUUCAACAAGUCCUACUUUGGCCACCAAUCGCACAAGCUGAGGGAGCUGCUUGGGAGCCUCAAGGCCGUGUUCCUCGAAGCAGUCAAGAUGGAUGUGUCGUCGUCACAGCUCAUGUCACACCUGCAGAACCUCUCACUCGAUGUGAUACCCGCGUCACUUCCAACCAACACUCCACCCAACAACACGGAGAAGUUGCCUUUCAUCUACGCGUGGCUGCAUGAUGCACAGCGUCAUCAAGACGCGCAGGACCUGGGCUUACUCGCAACACGGCCUAGGCUGGGGCGAGGUGGCGAGCGGCUGUGGGUGCCUCCCCUGACUUUCUUCAACCUACCGCUGCACCCGGCUGACGACUCGCUUAGGGCGUUCCUGCUUCCGCGGCUUGGGCCCCGACUGCUUAGCCAUCUGCACUCUCAGGCUGUAGAGUUUGCGCGAGUGACUCCUGGCUCAGCCGACAUGCUCGUCACGAGCUUCGAUACACUGUCGGCUUGCCUGAGGCGAAAGGACGCAGCCUCCGGGAUAUCGGCCGCUGAUCUUCAUGGCCUGCGCGGUGCUCUCAAAUCAUUCCAGAAAGAAGCACUAACGCUGGUCAGCGACCACCGACUUGAUGGCGCCGAACACCUAAGCGCCAUGCAGCUCUUCUUCGUGCUGUAUGCGGCCAACGCGUGCGGGGAGCUGCGCAUUGGCGGUCGCCACCGCGUCAACGCUCUUCUUCGCAAUGUGCCUCAGUUCGCCGAGGCCUUUAGGUGCGACCCGGACACGCCCAUGAAUCCGGAAGAAAAGUGCCGCUGACUGACAGCGGCCCGAACAAGUGCGCUGUCUCACAAUUCAGCGCUGUGUAUACGUACACUCGCCACUUCGGUUGUGUUCCUGCUCGCAACCAAUGCGGUCCACUUCGGGCCUUUAGGUGACAAUCCAACCAUGUUACUUUCCCAUGCCACUAUUACCGACAGGAUCAAGUAUUCUGCAUAAUACUUAAACAGCGAUUCCUUAUACAA